AUGCAAAAAUAUGGACUUGAGUCCUUCGAGCUCUCCCAGGCAUACCUGUUCUUCUGGGACAAGUUUGAAAAAGCCAACUGGUUCCUCGAACAAAUCAUUGAUACCAGCCAAGAUGACAUUGAAAGUCGGGUUGUCCAGCAGCUGUUCGCUGAUCAAAUCAGCGAUGGUGGACAAAUGAGCAUGGUACAGGGCCUUGUUGCCAAAUACGGCUUGGUUCCCAAGGGCAUUUAUCCUGACAAUUGGAAUGCGAUGAACUCAGGUGUUCUGAACUCCAUAUUGAAAACAAAGCUACGUCAAAACGCGCUCACGCUGCGGAAGCUAUUGCGCGGAGAACUUGCUGUCGAGCCCCUCCCGGCGAUGGUUGAGGGAUAUAAGGCUAGAUUUCUGCAGGAAGUAUUGAUGAUCAUGACCCUACUCCUGGGGCCGCCCCCAAGUAGCACCGAGUCAUUCAUCUGGGAAUACAACGAUAAAAAUGGCGAGGCUCAUAGAUUGAGCACUUCGCCGAAAGCGUUUGCUCGCGAUAUCUACGGGUCAGCGAUCCACGUCAACUCGGAGACUUUGGGCGGGAUGAUUUCGCUUGUUCAUGAUCCGCGUCACAAGCCAAUGUCUCUCCUCACAGUCGACCGGCUGGGCAAUAUUGUGGGAGGCCGUAAAGUCGAAUAUGUCAACGUCGACAUGGAAACUCUCAAAUUUGCGUGUGUGAGGAUGAUUCAGGCUGGUAUGCCAAUCUUCUUUGGCUGCGACGUCGGUCAGUUCAGCGACAAGGAUCUAGGUGUUAUGGAUACAGAUCUUUUGACUAUCAAGUCGGUAUUAACACCAAUAUGCUGGGAAUGA